UACACGAAAAUGAAGACUGCCACCAAUAUCUAUAUUUUCAAUCUUGCAUUGGCAGAUGCACUAGCAACGAGUACUCUGCCAUUCCAGAGUGUGAAUUACUUGAUGGGAACAUGGCCAUUUGGUACCAUCCUUUGUAAGAUUGUUAUAUCCAUAGACUACUACAAUAUGUUCACCAGUAUCUUUACACUCUGCACCAUGAGUGUGGAUCGCUACGUAGCUGUUUGCCACCCAGUUAAGGCCCUUGAUUUCCGUACCCCCAGAAAUGCCAAAAUUGUCAAUGUCUGCAACUGGAUUCUUUCUUCUGCCAUUGGCCUCCCAGUUAUGUUCAUGGCAACUACUAAAUACAGGCAUGGCUCUAUUGACUGCACACUUACGUUCUCACACCCUGCGUGGUACUGGGAGAACCUCCUGAAAAUCUGUGUGUUCAUCUUUGCCUUCAUCAUGCCAGUCCUGAUCAUUACUGUGUGCUAUGGGCUGAUGAUUUUACGCCUGAAGAGCGUUCGCAUGUUAUCUGGCUCCAAAGAGAAGGACAGGAACCUGAGGAGAAUCACAAGGAUGGUUCUUGUAGUGGUGGCGGUGUUUAUUGUCUGCUGGACUCCCAUUCAUAUUUAUGUCAUCAUUAAAGCCCUGGUCAACAUCCCAGAAACUACUUUCCAGACUGUCUCCUGGCACUUCUGUAUUGCUCUAGGGUAUACAAAUAGCUGCCUUAAUCCAGUCCUUUACGCAUUUCUAGAUGAGAAUUUCAAAAGGUGUUUCAGAGAGUUCUGCAUCCCCACUUCCUCAACCAUUGAGCAGCAAAACUCCACCCGAGUCCGACAAAACACUCGUGACCAUGCUUCCACUGCCAACACUGUGGACAGGACUAACCAUCAGUUGGAACUUCAAGAAGCUGAAACUACUCCACUGCCGUGACAGUGUCUCCUGCUGCAUAGCUCUCAAAGCAAUUGCACACCAGUGCCACAGUCUGUCUGGGCUGUAUGCUGUGGGAGUGUGUAGGAUACACCUUCCCUCAAAAAAAAUACCACAGAGGAAAGUGCCUGCUUUUCCACUCUUGUCAAAAAUUGCUUCUGCAGCACUUCUACACUGCGCAUAACACAGAAGCAUGAAACUUAACAGCAAGCAGAGCCAAGGGAUAUGGGGGCUUGCCAAGCUCCAGUGUUCAAAACAGUCAUGUUUACCAGGAAUAUGUACAUCAGGCUAAAAGAAAGCUACUGUACCUGUAGCGAUCUGACAUGAUCUUGACAAGUUACAGUCUUAAAUAGGUUGGAAACAAAAAUUCAAAGGCUAGACAACUAUCAUUUGAAAAACGAAGGUGAGCUUUUAAUGAUGGGAAAUAAUGGGAAAUGAAGUUGUAAUACUCUUGGAUGCUCGGUUUACUCUUAAAAUUUAUUUGUAGAUGUGUUUUCUGUGCAGGUUAUUUGUGUGCUGAAGUCUCACAAGGUCAUCUAGAACAUUUGCAGUUCAAGAGGUCUUCUCUUACAAGGAUUGCAUGUUCCACAAUUUCAAAGGGAAAAUAUUUCUUUCAGGGUUCAUGUAAACAAAACUCCAAGCUUCACCUUCUGCUCCUGUUUCUCACAUAAAAAUUAGACUUUAGAAUCCAAACAAUAACCCACCACUUCAUCUAAAAGAGAUUAAUAAAUGGAAGUAUUCCAUGUUGUACUGAUUGUCAAAUGAUCCCCAAAACAGCAUAGAUGCUAUUAACAUAAAUUCGUAUGUGAAUAGAAACCUAGCUAUAAGCCUGUCAGAGCUAGCACAGGCUGAUGACUUCUCUGUCAAGUAGUUUCUCAAAUUUCACCUGCCCUGUCAGCAACAUUUUGAAUUUGUAAGUCAUUGACAGUCCCUGUAUGAAGUGCUUGGAGCAGUUAAUGCAUUAGACCUUUUUUAAGAAUAACAAAAAAAAAAAAAGUUACAUUUUGUUAGACAUCUAUUUUUUUCUUAACCAAAUCCAUAAUAUGUUUACUUUUCUAACUAAUGUAAUACAGUCUGCAUCUCCAUUUUGUAUUAGCUAAAACACAUUAAGAUUUAUGACAGAAGCAUUGUAAAUGCCACCUUAGCUGUUUUCUAGUAUGAAAAAUAGAAAUAUCCAUGUAGGUAAUUUGUGGUGCAAUGGUAUUUUCUAGCCAUUGUUUGUUAUUUGCUUUGUAAAUAAGUCAUCAGUAGUUAACCAUGGGAAAAUGUACUUUGAUGAAUUUAAGUGUAUUCUAAAAUACAGCUCUAUGGAGCAGGGGGUUUUUUUUGUUUUUUUUUAUUUCUGCAGCCAAAAUGUAUUUCUUCUUUUCAUUGUUAAAAUCUAUGUAGCAAUAUGCUUUUAAUGUGAAAUUGUUUGUUUCUGCAAUGGACUGUGUAAUAAAAAUUGAAGGCCAAAUCCUUACAAGUUGUAAAUUAAAGUAAUAUUUGAGUUUCAUCACUUACAGCUAAAUCUGUAGCCCUAUAUAUAAGCA